AUGGUGAUCAGUACUCAAGUUUUGUUUCUCAGCUUCCUUGCACUAACUUGUUCCAUUGGAUUGGCAUCGGAUCCUAGUCCACUUCAAGAUUUCUGUGUUGCAGAUCCAAAUAAUCCUGGAACUUCAAGCUUAUUUUUAAUUUGUUAUGUGGCAGUGAAACUGAAUGGAAUAGUUUGCAAGGAUCCCAAACUUGUAGAAGCCAAAGACUUCUUCAGGAGUGGGUUGCAUGUGCCAGGUGACACAAACAAUUCUGCUGGCUCUCAAAUAACUCCAGCCAGUAUUGUCCAAAUCCCAGGACUCAACACUCUCGGCAUCUCCCUUGCUCGCCUUGACUUUGCCCCAAACAGUAUCGUUACUCCCCAUACUCACCCUCGCGCCACUGAAAUAUUGACCCUUCUGGAAGGCACACUCUUGGUGGGCUUCGUCACCUCCAACCCUGAAAACCGUCUCAUUACUAAGACAUUGAAUAAGGGCGACGUCUUUGUCUUUCCCAUUGGACUAAUUCACUUUCAUCAAAACAUUGCUCAUCGUCCAGCUGUUGCCAUUGUAGCUUUUAGCAGCCAAAACCCGGGUAUUGUUACCAUUGAAAAUUCUGUUUUUGGAUCAAAGCCUGACAUCCCAACCAACAUUCUUGCGAAGGCUUUUCAAACCAAUCCUGCUAUUAUAGCCAACAUUCAGUCCAAGUUUUUGAGAUAAUUCAUUAUGUUAUACUUUUCAUGUGGUAUAGGUUUUAUCAUUCUAGUUGUCUCGCAUGCAUGCAUAUCUGUCUAAUUUUAUUUGUAGUUGAACUGUCUUCCUAAAGUUUCAAUUCUAUUGUAUUUAUUUUUCAAUACAUUGAAAGAGGAAACAGUUAUCAUUUUAACCAUUGAUUGAAAAUUGAUAUACUAAA